AAAAGACGCCGUUGUGAGUCACGCGGGCAGGCGAUCGGUGUCUGUUGCACACUACCAAGUUGGCUCGACGACGAUGAUGAAGCUUGUGCUCGUGGCGACGUCCGUGGCCUCGGCCGCAGCUGCGCUCGCAGCGCCGUGCUCGACCGCCGACCUCUCUCCCAUUACGACGUACCUCGUGGCCCAGAUGAGCUACUCGGGCUGUAAGAAGGCAAGCGGCGUGAGCCUCGUCGACUUUUUCACGACAACCGCGGUCCCUGCCAAAGACGACGUGAUCGCGUUCCAGUCGUCACUCGACUGCAAGGACCUCUAUGAACGCUUCCAGGCUGUGCCUGGACCGACGUGCUCGCUUUGGGACGUCAACUAUGCUGACGCGAGAGUGCUCUCGUUCAGUGCGCUCGCGGCCAUCAAGGCGGGCGCGGCCAUGCCAUCGAACGCACCCACCACGAAGACGUUGCCGGUGACGUUGCCGGCGACGACAACCCCCGCGGUCGCGAACGUGACGACGCUGCCUGUCACGACCAAGCCGGCGACGACUAAGCCGCCGUCGUCGGGCUCGAUGUCUGGCAACACGACGGAGGAGCCGAUCAUUACGUUGGCACCGACGCCUGUGCCGACGUUUGCGACGAUCAAAAGGUGACGCCGACGCCGGCGCUGUCGAGUGCGAUCGGCGUUUCUCUCUCGGCCGCGUCGCUUGCGGUCGCUGCGGCGCACUGGAUGCUGUAAAUGCAACGGCCCAAAUGGACCUGCGCCCAUCGUAGGUAUUUUACUCGAAUCAAUCGUUCAAACACGCAUACACUGUUUGAGCUUUUUCUGCC